GUUGGAGCGCGCGAGGGGAAGGCGCUUGGAUGGAGGGCGAGAGGGGAAGGCGGGGGCGCGCGGCGGAGCUGCAGCUGAGGGAAGGAGGCGGGCGGCGGAGGAGGAGGACGGCGAGGAGGAGGCCGAGGCCUGGGCAGCAGCAGCAGCAGGAGGAGGAGCAGCAGCGCCGCUGACUGCUUGCUUGUCUGCCUGCCUGCCUUCUCCGCCCGUCCGCCCCGCCAGGCCUCAGAGUCAGGCCAGGCCCCGCAGUCGCCAUAGAGACGGCGGCGAUGACGGCUUCCUCCGAAGCCAUGGCCCACAGGAGUCCGGCGCCGCAGGGCUAAGACGCCCCUUCUUCCUUCUUUCCUUCCUUCCUCUCUCCCUUUUAUUCUCUCCCUCAUCGCCUCAGAGGAACGGCCGCGUUCCAGCCUCUGCUUAAAUGGAAGCCUCUGGGAGCUGGAUGGCCUCUACUGACGUAGGCUUUGCAUAGCAGCUGUAGUACCUCAGGAGAUUGCAAUGAGUGGAGGAGGGGAACAGCCAGAUAUCCUUAGUGUGGGAGUACUGGUCAAAGAAAGAUGGAAAGUGUCGAAAAAGAUAGGAGGUGGAGGAUUUGGAGAAAUUUACGAUGCAAUGGACUUGCUUACUCGAGAGAGUGUUGCUCUGAAGGUCGAGUCUGCUCUGCAACCAAAGCAAGUUUUGAAAAUGGAAGUAGCUGUGUUGAAAAAACUGCAAGGGAAAGAUCAUAUCUGUAAAUUUGUUGGCUGUGGGAGGAAUGACAGAUUUAACUAUGUGGUCAUGCAGUUGCAGGGUCGGAACUUAGCUGAUCUACGUCGAAGCCAAAGCAAAGGAACAUUCAGUGUUAGUACUACCUUGCGACUUGGCAAACAAAUUUUGGAGUCUAUUGAGAGCAUUCAUUCUGUGGGGUUUUUACACAGAGAUAUUAAACCAUCCAACUUUGCUAUGGGACGUUUUUCUAGCACUUGUAGAAUAUGUUACAUGCUGGAUUUUGGGCUGGCACGUCAGUUUACAAAUUCAUGUGGAGAUGUCAGACCACCCCGAGCAGUUGCUGGUUUUAGAGGGACAGUGCGGUACGCAUCAGUCAAUGCCCACAGGAAUAGAGAGAUGGGACGUCAUGAUGACCUCUGGUCUCUAUUUUACAUGUUGGUGGAGUUUGUGGUGGGGCAACUGCCAUGGAGGAAAAUUAAAGACAAGGAGCAAGUGGGCUCUAUAAAGGAAAGGUAUGACCAUCGUCUGAUGCUAAAACAUCUCCCUCAAGAAUUUAAUACCUUUCUAGAUCAUAUUUCUUCUCUAGAUUAUUUUACUAAACCUGAUUAUCAGCUUCUCAUGUCCGUCUUUGACAACAGCAUGAAGAUUUUUGGAGUGGCUGAGAGUGACUUAUUUGACUGGGAAAAGACUGGAAUUGAUGGUUCUCUAAUUACAGUCACCAAUUCAACUACUCCUCAAAUACACACUCGUUUGACACCAGCAAUGGGAAUUGCCAAUGCCACACCAAUACCAGGAGAUCUGAUGCGAGAAAAUACAGAUGAAGUGUUUCCAGAUGAACAGCUCAGUGAUGGUGAGAAUGGCAUCCCUAUUGGAAUCUCUCCAGAGAAGUUACCAGAGUUUCCUGGACAUCGUGUUCAAGAAAAGGAUGUAUGGGAGGAAAUGGAUGCGAACAGGAAUAGGAUAAAACUGGCUGUUCAAAAAGCUGCCACAGAAGAGGAGAACAGUCAUGGGCCAAUUAAUGGAAUGCUUAAUGCACCAAGCCUUGGUUCUCCAAUUAGAGUCCGCUCAGAGACUACACAGCCAGAUCGGGAUGUUCCUCUGGUCCGGAAGUUACGAACAAUCCAUAGUUUUGAACUGGAGAAACGUUUGACCUUGGAGUCAAAACCAGACACUGAUAAAUUUCUGGAAAUUUGCAUGGAGAAGAAGAAAAGAGAAUUGAAUGCUGGAAAGGAAUCUAUUGUUGCAACGUCUCAGAAAGCAUCCAAGCCUGCAGCUUCAUCUGGCCCUGAGCAUGUUUGGCACUACGAUGAAGAAUACUUACCUGAGGUUUCAAAGCCUGGUUCCGGUGGCUCACCAGAGCAGGGUGAUGGCGGUGUUAGCAAUGGGUAUGUGGCCGUCAAUUUGAGCUCCUGCCAGCAAGAGUGUGACUCCAAGGAGUGGGUGAUUGUGGACAAAGAACGGGACCUGCAGGAUUUCAGGACUAAUGGAGUUGUGGGGCAUAAAACAACUGGAAGUCCUUCUGAUGAGGAGCCUGAGGUGCUUCAAGUGUUGGAGGAGUCCCCACAAGAUGAUAAACCUGGAGCUCACACUAAGAAUACAACCAUAGGAGCACCUUUGGAUCUAGGUGUUGAAUGCGGUGGUACUGCAGCUUCUGAACAGUUUACAGAUCAACUAGAAUUCCCAGUUGGGACUUCAGGUCAUCUUCUUGCUGUCACACCUUCAAGCUUAAUGGAUGCCCAAGCAGAAGGUGCUUUUACUCCACUCAGCUCACUUCACAUGCUGCAUUACUCCAUUCCAAGAAUUUCAAGCCCCAUUCUCCGUACCCUGAACCCUAUAGCCCAUCUUACCACCCACCUGGACCCUAAGAAAGAUACUGGCUUUCCAAGGAGUCAAUCAGCAGAGAGCCAAUCUUCCUCUUCUUUAUCAGCUUCCCGUAGACUACUUCCUAUCAUUCCCAGUGGAAACAGGUUUCCCCCUGUCAUUCGCAUCUCAAAAGCCCAACUUCAGCAGGUGACAAUACCCAGACCAUCAAUGGCAUCCACACAGUCUGCCUCUGAGAGCUUUCAUUAUGGUCAGCAAAUGGACAAGAAGGAACGGGACACUCGGCUUUUGGAACAGAAUGUUGAACUUCUGUCUCCCAAAGAGAACUUAGCUGCCUCAAUAGCGGCAAAUGAUGCAUUAACUUUUAGUGGCAGUAAAACAGAUAUAGUUCUCAAGUUAGACCAUGAUUUAGAGGCAUGUGAUAAAGGAGGACAUGCUGGAGAAGGUGCUGGAAUUCAUGAUUGUAGCCAAACCGAUCUACUUGAACAAUUCAUGAAGAGGAAAGGGGAAAGAGAACUUGCAGGUCUCUUUGAAGAAGACAAGCAGCUGCCUGUGGUUUGUGAAAAUGCAUUUGAACUACAGACUAAAGGACCAUGCUUAACAGUCCUGGGAAACUCUGAGCCUUUGUUUGAUGAACCUCAGGUGGCUACAGAACUUGAGGAAUUGAGACCAUUCACUUCCUGUCCAUUGCCAAAUCAGGAUGCAAAACAGGAGUUAUUGAAGCAAUCAGCUGCUGAAACAUCAGACGUUUCUUUAUCAAGAAGUACUGAUCCAUUCGCUCAUAGACUGGAAAGUCAAGUGCCAGUACAAGAAAAUGGUUUCCAGGAUGAUGGAGAUAUUGAUCGUGGUGAAGACCAACAGGUGAAUCUUGACAACUUUACACACCAAAAGAUGAAAGAGGAGCAAAAUGUCCAAAAAAAUGGAGAUAUAUUUCACUCCAUUUCAGAAAAUGAAACUUCUCAUCAGUCCAAGAAGGAGUUGGUAAGAUCACCAUUUGCAGCAAGACAGAGUCGCAUUCCUGUAUUAGCACAAGAUAUAGAUUCCUCGUCAGAGUCUUCUCCUGUUUCAGCAAAGGAGAAACUGCUUUUGAAAAAGGCUCAUCAAACAGACUUGGUUAAACUACUAGUAGGAAGGAAACACCUCAGAUCUUUUUUGGGUGACCUCUCAAGUGCCUCUGAAAAGUCACUUAAGGAAAAAGGAGUUACUGGUCCCAUUCCACUUUCUGAAGAUGUGCUAUCCUCUAUUUCUAAACUGACAUUGGACACUCAUUUACACAACCAAGUAGAAGAGAGCUAUUUGUCACCAAACAAUCCUCUAACGAGAAAGAGCAAAAUUCCAAGACCUGUGUCUUGGACUGCUAUGGAUCCUGUUAACAAUUCUAACUCCGCUCAGUUUUUUCCUCGACCACCACCAGGAAGACCACCAACAAGGCCUGGUGUAGAAGCUAGGCUGCGCAGGUAUAAAGUGCUAGGAAGCAGCAGCUCUGAUUCAGAACUGAUCUCCCGUCUGGCUCAAAUACUUCAGAAUGGAUCUCAGAAACCACGGAGUUCUUCUCAGUGUAAGAGCCCAGGAUCUCCACAUAGCCCCAAAACGCCACCCAAGAGCCCAGUCAUUCCCAGGCGCAGUCCCAGUGCCUCCCCAAGGAGCUCAUCUUUGCCCCGUACUGCCAGUUCAUCAUCGUCCCGCAGUGGCCGGCCGCAUCACGAUCAGAGAAGUUCAUCCCCACAUCUUGGAAGGAGCAAAUCGCCUCCCAGUCUUUCGGGUUCCUCAUCUUCAAGGAGAUCCUGCCAACAAGAGCACUGCUAUAACAAGUCGAACAAGAAUGGCCUCAAAGGGUCUAGUGGCUCCUGCCACCACUCCUCUAAUGUUAAACCUCCCACAGGAAAAAGCAAAUCGGCCAGUAAACUUAGCAGAUAGGAACAGAGUCUUGUCAGGUGUCAAAACACCCACUCCUUAAUCUGAUGCAUGUUGUGUCUGUGUACUGUGUAUUUUUUAAAAAAGAAAGUCUUCAAAGAUCAGUGUUCAUACUGACUUUCAAAGAAAAGCAACCUGUAAGAUAAAUACUAUUUCUAAGGCCCACUUUGUACAGGCAUUGCCUAAAAACAGGCAGCAAGCAGAUCAGGGAGGCUAGAGGGAAGGGAUGGAGCUACAUGAAGUUUAAAAUGUGUGAAACAUUCAGAUCAUGUUCUUGGAGGUGAGUGUUUUAAUAAGAUUUUCAUUUACUUUGUAUUUACUGAGAACACAUGGCCUAUCUUAGCUUUUCUCUCAAGGAAAGGUUGGAAACUAACAAGUUUCACAUUACACCAUGACAUUUGAGGUUAAUACUUUGUGCUUCUAGAUAUAUUUUUGGGAAAACAAAUAAUUUGGAACAGCAAUAUUCCUGCAGGUUUUUCCUCUGGUAUUGGCUUUAACAUCAUUUGAAUUUGUUUGCUUCCCAUGCUCCUUCAUGAUUUGUGCUUAUGUCCUUUUAAAAACAAAACAAAAUGCAAAAAUAAACGCACAUCCUGUACCACUAUAUAUUCAAUAAGAGCUGCAUCCUUAGAUAUAAGUGAAGACAAAUUAAUUGAAACCAGUGUCAUAUAAUAAUUAUGUAUCUAUGCAUAGGAUUACAAACAUACAUCUGAAGAGUUGGGGAAGUGAAUGUUUGUAUACCUUUAUUUCCAGAUCCUGACAAUUUUGCUAACUGCUGCUCAUAUCUUGAUCCUUGGACAACUCAGUAACCUCUUUGUAUGUUUCUGGAGCCAUAAACCUUUUCACCAGGUUCCCAUCAUGUAAUAAAUGAAAAAGAGGAAAUAAUUGCCUCAGUUUGAGUUAGAGAAGAAGAGUGAGAUUAGAUCCUGUAGUUUUAAUAUUUAUUUGAGUGCAAUAAAGUUUCAAAAGGAAGUCACUGUUUAAGCUGAACAGAAUUUAUCUAGGUGUAUAUGUGAGAUGUUUAUUUAUGUUAUCUUUUUACAUAAUCAUUCUCCAGCGUAAACAUACUGUAGAACAGAAAUGUUUCCAAACUUAAACUUUUUACUUGAAAAUUUAAUUAAUUUAAAAUAAAAUAAAGCUUUAAUCUUCUUAAAUGUGACUGCAGAACCUUUUCAUGCAGUAUGCUUAAGAGAAUCAGCAGUUCAUUUUUCCGCUAUAGAACCUGGGCCAGAGUCCUUGACAGUAAAGCCUGCAGAGCAAGAUCACAGGGGUAGUUUCUCAGAUUUCAGUAUUCCUAAGUACAUAUUGUAUCUCAAUUUUUCCAAAUAUGUACAUAAGCUCCCAUCAUCUUUCUAGGCAGUCUAAAUGUUUCCCUAUUGGGUAGAAUAUAACCCCUUUCGUGGCUUCCAUACUAUACAAAUGUACAUAUUUUCUUAUUUAAACAGAUACUUGAAAUUAGAAUAAUUGAAAAAUGGAAAACAGUAUACAGAAAACUAAUGUUUGAGAACUGUCUUCCACUUCCCAGAAAUGUUAAGCUCUGAAUAAAAUCAUUGGCUCUCCAUUUUCCCAUAUUUUGCUUAAUUCUGCUGGAUUCAAGUCAGUGGUCGAUUUAAAAAAGCAAAACACAUGAAUAUUUUAAAAUAGCUAUAGUUAGCUUUCUGAAUGGGUAUCUGUUUUAAAAUUAAAUGAAUGCAGACGCUGUAUACAUUGUUAAUUACUGAUCUGCUUGCUGUAGUCUUAUGCCUGUAGUCAGCAUAAAUUCUUUUUAAUGUAAUUUUGUCUUCAUUUACUGCCAAAAUAGUAUACUUGGAUGGACAAGGGAAUAUUUCCUCUGAUUCAUUUUUAAUGCUGCAUUGAAGCUGCACUGAAUUUCUCUUGUUCUGUCAGAAUGUGUUUGUUUUUUUCUUUCUUAAAUGUGUAUAUUGUUUUCUUGUAAGUGAUGUAGCACAGUGUUGAACCAUAGUCUCAUUCAGGUUUCAAGCACUACAGAAGAAUGCAAUAGAGAGAGCAUACCUGCUGUUUCUUGAAAAACUGUAUGAUUUUAAAAACCUAUUUUGAUGUAUUAUAUUGUAUAAUAGGUGCUAUACUUAAUAAUUGCAUGUUCUCAUGGGUAAAUUAUAUAUUAUAAAUAUUUAUAAAUAUAUAUAUAUAUAUACAUACAUACAUAUGCUUCUGUAUACUUCCUUGAUUCUUCCAUUUCCAUUUGUAACCUUAUGGGCCACAAACAAUGCAGUACUCUUUUAGUUGCGUGCCUGAAUUCAAUACCCUUGGCCUUGCUGAUCCCACUUCCUGGCAUGCACAAAGCUGGAUAUUCUUGCCUCAGUUCAGGACUUGAAGGGUUGGUGAUUGCUCAGCAACUCCGUGUUCGAUAUCAGUUAUGUCACUUUAUUUUAAAAUUUUUGGAUGAAACGGAAAGAAUCAGAGAAAUUUUGUAAUUUUUGGCCAGAUAGAAUGUAUAUUCAUUAUUGUGUCUCUUCAUCUUGCCACUACAUUUUUCCAACCCAUCAUGAGAGCUUCGCUGUACAGUGAAUAGUGACAGGUAAAUCCAUAUAACAUGAAGAAAUCCAGAUCUCCUCUUCAUCAUUGUCUUGUAAAGUCCCUCUCUUAUUCAUCUGAUUAUGAUGAGAUCCUUCUGGGAACCUGUGCCUGCCCUUAGGCGGCAGUCCAAGCAUGAUGACCUUCGCAUUAUCAGAUUUAUAGAAGUACAUCUAAUUGAGCAUAAUGUCCUGGCAGAGCAUGUUUGAAACUAUAUGAUCUGCCCCUUUUUGAGAUGACACAGAAGUGCUUCCAAGGGCCAAUUUAUUGUGAAGCUAAAUAAUUCUAGUUGAAUCAGAUGUAUGGUAGAGGUAUAUUGCCUAAGAGUAACUUGCCCUGAAACUACAAAGCUGUAUGAAUUCUCCAUGUUGUCCUGUAGUAUUUAAUGGAAACAGUUUAUUUGGUUUCUAAAGUCUAAUAAAAAGCUUUCCUUCUCUUCUUACAACCUGUUUCAGCUAUUUGCAAUGUCUGUGAUGUCCAUAUCUUACACUAUAUCAAAAGGCAUUGUGUUUCUAGAGGAAUUCCUUCAUAAAUACGUCCAGAGCAUUUGAAAUGGUACAGAUAGUUCCCCUUGCAUGUUGGGAGAUGCAUAACCCAAAGAGUGAUUUUCAUGUUCUGCUGUCAGGGAUGAAAUGAUAUGUAUCCUAUGCAUUAAGUUAAAAAGAAUAUUGUAGACAUAUUUUAUACAUUCCUAUUUUGACUGGAAUAUGUAUUCUGAAAGUAAUGUUCAAACUCUUUUCUGUUGGUAUACAUUUGUAUUCCUUUCCAUUUUGUACUAAUUUAAAAAGACACCGGCUGGAGACUAGGCAUUAUUUAUUUAAAUUAUAGGUUUAUGUAGGUGUGUUUUUCAUUCAGUGAUAGAACAGUUCAUUUUCUGAAGAUAUCACUGUACAAAAGAUGUGAGCCAACGGUUUACUAAUGAAGCUUUAAGUAAGCAUAGUGAACUACUAUAAACAAAUAUCUCUGUCUUAAUCUGUGAGUUUCAUUUUGCAUCUCCUACAUUUGUUUCUCCACAGUGUUUACCACUUCUGGAACCAAAAAGACAUUGUGAAUGAAUCUAGAUUGCUACAGCUUCAACUGUAUUGUAAUAAUAUCAUUGCAUUUAUUGCUUCAUGAAACUCAUCUCUUUUGUCUUGAAGAAUAAAACUCAAAUAGGUAAAAUAAGAGAAAGACAAAAUUAAUACGGGUGGUUGGUGCUGGAUCAGAAUAAAUUAGAUGAAAUUUUAUCUUAUUGGCUUGAGCCACAGUUAAGAAUAGUUGCACAGUUCUUUCUGUAAAGGUUCCAAUCAUUUCUCCAUAAAGCUAAUGAAACGUGAUGGCAGCCUCUGCUGCCUUUUUCAAGGCUUCUCUUCAUUUUUGUGGAGAAUGCUACCUUAUACCCUAUGACAGGGGUAAUAGUUACUGCCUGUAGAGGCUCUCUGAAUUCUUGCUGUUGUGCUGAAAAAAAAUGGUUUAUCUGGUUUUGGAAGCACCACAACAUUCUGGUGACUUGGGUGAGAAUUAGAAAUUGAUACUUGCCAUUUUUUUCUUUAUAGCAUUUUUUGCACAAUAUACGAUGUAUCCUUUUGGGGCUGCUAUAUUAUGGCAUGUAUUUCAUAUUUUUAAAAAUUACAUUGACAAAAACUCACAGAAUUAGAGAUGCGUUAUAAACAAAGAAAAUGUUGGUCAGAAUGGUAGCUCUUUUAUCUUGUUUUCCACAAGGAAGGCGAAGCAACUAGGAACAAUAGUAUCAAUAGCAUCUUUGCAGUGUAAUAAAAUUAACAUAUUCCUAAACUACACUUUUUAUAGAAACAGAAGAUUUGGUAGGAAAUAGUCUGUUCCUUAUCUUAUGAUACUAAAAAGGAAUUAUAGAGCUCUUAAUUUAGGCUUUUGAAUUCAUAUUCCCUUUUAUUUUAGCUGAGCAUUCCAAAACUGAAUUAUGGAAAAUCUCAUGUGUAUCUCUUGCUAGCAGUGGUGUGACUGACUGACAAUUUUUUUAUUUUAAAAAAUCGUGUCCAAUUGAAAAGGAACUCCUGGUAUUCAGAUAUCCACCCUAAUUCUUGUGAUGCUUCCUUAUCCCCUAAUUUGGAAAUUUGUUUUAUCGAUCUCUGAUUAUAUCAAAUUCAAUUCCUCCUGAAAUAAAUAUAAGCAAUAUUUGAUUUGUAAUAAUCCUAGAAAACAAUUACAGAUCUGCUUGUAAAGAACAAAUUUUGAAAACACCAGGAUAAUUUCAAAUAUAUGCCAAUGAUACAUUUAAAUCCCUUAAGAGUGUGAAAGAAUAACUGUGCCUACAUUUUAAUAUAUGUUCCUUUGACUUAACUGAAAUUUUAUUUGCACACUUCUGUUUUCUCAAUUUGAAUCUCUUUAAUAAAAGUAUUAGUCACAUGAGAGCUGGUUUUAUACCUAAGGAAGAAGUCUACCUUGCUGCUUGUUUAGGCUCGGUGAUGCAGGACGUGGAGCAAGUUUCCUUUACUCUAUGUGCAUUGGUUCUAAUGGGAAGUUGAGGCGAUGAGCAUUUUGCUGGCUUGAGCCAUCAAAUAGGCUGUUAUCCCCAAAACAAUGUGCUGCUAUAUUAUAGCCUGUAGUCAUUACCAUUUUUGGAAUCACAUUAGAGCAACUGAAUUAUUCAGGCUUGUUGAUACAGAUAUUUUGUAUCAGAAUUGCACAGAGAAUGCAUCGCCUUGCCACCUCGUCUCAGGAUCAGUUAUUACUCAUAAGGCAACUAAAAGCUCCCAAACUGGGGAAGUGGUGAGAGGAUUCAUUACAAUGACUGCUGUUUGCUACCCCCAUAUUAGUGUAAAAUAUAUACUGUUACCUGAGAAAAGUCAUUAUUUUAUAUCUCUGUGUGGGUCAUUUGGGCGGGGGGGGGGGGGUUGCUAUACAACUGAAGAUUCAUCAGCACAUUUAGGGCUCACUGAAUGAGAUGAGAUGCCUCCUCUCUGUUUACUGUGUUCUUCCUGCAAUUUUGGGAGGUUGGGAUAUAAUAGCUGAUCAAUUCAGUGAGCAGUUAGUAUUUUGAGAACUGUCCAAGAGUCUAACAUUUUAGGAUAGUGCCUGAUCCCUUUUUAUGCCUGAAAAGGCAAAGAAGGGGAGUUUUGUUAUUUUGGUUCUUGCUUGUAUAACCUGCUCUUCUUGACAAGAAAACCCAUCACUAAGAACAGAUUAGUGAGGUGAGUGAGCAUAGGCCUUAAAUCAGAUGUUUAAUAGUGUAUCUGUGUGCAUGUAUAUUUGUGAUAAUUUGACUGAUAAGUGUACAUAUGAAUAGGAAUGUGUGUAUAACAUAGCUUUCUAUAAUUUUUAGCAUUCCACUUCAGAGAAACUUUGUAAUUCUCACAACUCCUGAAAACAAAUUGAAUGACACUGAGUGGUAACCACUCAGAUUACAAGAUCAUAGGCAAGUGUAUUAUCUGUUCCAUAUGCAUUUAUAGAAUCAUAGCAGACUCUCUGUUUGUAUAUGUGUGUAUAUAUAUAUUGAAUCGUAUUGUGUAUUUAUCUUGCUUGUUUCUUUUAACUUGAUUAUGCCUUUUCUUUUAAAAGUGGUUUUAGUCUUUUGUUUCCUCUUUAGUAAUCAAGAGUCUAUUAAUAAUAAUGGCCAAACCCCUCGUGCUAGGAAGUAUUUCAAUUUAACUUAUGCAGUUAUAAACUAGCAGCUUGCUUUUUAUAAACUCAAUUCAGCUUGCUUGUAGAUAGCACAAAGGAAUAGACUUUCCUUCUGCAGUAACUUGUUAGAUUUUUUUGCUUUGAAAAUAUAGUGAUAUUAUACAGAGAGUAAAAGGAAAAAAAUUAAACAGUAAUGUUUCCCAUUAUGUGUAAAGCUUUCAUAAGAUUCAGUAGGCUUGGGAGUUUUUCUCAGUAGUUCUAGCAGUAGCACUAGAUAGGCUUUGACUGGAAUAUUAGCUAAACCACAGAGAUUCUCCUUAGAUCUCAAGUAAGAAAUUGAACAUCUUGGGUCAACAUUUUUUUUUGCUUUAGAAAAUGUUGGAUUUUGGUUUUCUGCGCUUCAAAUUUUUGUUUUCCUCUGUGCAUUUUCUCCCUGGAUUCCAUUUAGACUCUAUAGAGUUUUAUUCUGUUGGCAUAAAGAAUUCUGCUCAGAUUGCAUGGGCUGGUGAGAGGGGCUGGCAAGGUGAUUUGGCUCUGCAUCUCUUCUCCUUCAGCUCAAAGCAUCAGACCUCUCUGGAUCAUUUUCCAGUACAACAAGAACUGCUGGAGAAAGAUUAGCUUGUUUCUUAGGAGCAGUAGGUUGUAUUAGAAGGGCCCCAGGUGAGAGAACUAUUCUUCCUUAUAUUGAGAGGCUUUGGGGGAAUUCAGUAUAUUGCACUGUUGUCUCGGUUUCCUGGAAAGUGAGUUGAUUGAAUUUACUGUAGGUGAUUAUCUUAUCUCAACUCUGUCAACACCUUUAUAUGUUAGGAGCCCUUAAGGCUGGUUUGAUUUCUUUCCACAAUGCAAAGUGACAACUGAGAUCUUAGAUCUCUGAAACAGGAGACACUUCAGCUGUUCUGACUCAAACCUAGCAGAGUAAAACAAGUGAUUUGCUAGAAGAAAAGCUGCUAUUACAUAUAUAAAAAGUGGUGUGGACUGACUUUCUUAUUUUCCAGCACGAUUGGCAAGUAUGUGACUACAUCUUCCAUGAGCCUUAUGCAGGAUUGCUUGUGGAGGGUGAUGAUAACUGUAGUCCAGCAACACCUGGGGUUCUUCACCUGUCCUUCUGAAAUACAGCAUUCUGUAUAGAAGUGGCCCCCCUAACCUCUUUUCCUCAGUGAUGAUAAUGUAAAAGCUUCUCCUGCUAAAAUAUCUUUUUUCUUGCUGAAAGGUUCAUUUGUAAUCAUGCUGCCCCACAAUAAAAAUGCAAAGGUGAAGGAAAUAAAAGCUUUGAAGUUCAGAAUUAGUAAAGCAGCAAGCUGUAAUUAAUUGAAGCAUUAUAUUCUUGUAACACAUUUCAACAGAUAGAAAAAAACACCAUUAUUUAUUCCAGAAAGCAUUUAGCCUCUCAAAAAUAAAAGUUCUGAUGUUGAAUUUAGGCAGAAAGUUAUUCUAGAGUGGUAUGUUAGUAAAGUUAUAAACUCCAGUCAUUUUCUUUUCUUCUUAAUUUCCCAAAAUUAAAAGUAGAUUUCUAUUUAUAAUUUUGCUAAGUCAUUUGAAAAUAGAAAUUAUUGACAUAGUGUCUUUGUAAUGGUCAUGUGUACAUAAAGAUGUAGUUAUUUAUUUUGUCCCAUUUGUAUCAUAUCAAAGCUUUGUAAAUGUUUUAAGUUCUGUUUUUGAAAUUAUUUUGUAUUUUAUUUUUAUAAACUGGUUCUAAAUAAAACUCAUUCAGCAUGCAACAAUA